UGUUACAGUUCAAAGUCGCCGCCAGCUGUCGAUACAGUAACCGUGCGGCAACUCCAGUCCCCGCACCGUUUAGGAGAGCCCCCUAUCCAAAUGUAACAUUCAUUUUACUCUGAUCGCCGUCAAGUAGAAAAGCUUAUAUCUCUUUUUCUGGCUAUGGCAACGACCAAGCCGAAUUUUCUGGCGCAGCCGGCGGUGAAGAGCGUGCGGGUUUACCGCAACGGGGACCCCUUUUUCGCCGGCAGAAAGUUCGUGAUCAACGAGCGGCAGAUCUCGACCUUUGAAGCCUUCCUGAAGGAGGUGACCAACGGGCUGGAGCCGCCGUUCGGCGCCGUCCGCAACAUUUACACGCCGCAGCAGGGCCACCGCGUCUACCAGCUGGAGGAACUGGACAGUGGCAAGCAGUAUGUGGCCGGGGGCAAGGAGAGGUUCAAGAAACUCGAUUAUAUCCAGAUAGGAAUAAAGAAGACAAAGCCACUGCCAAAAGAUGUCCAGAUCAAACCUGUGGCUCACAGUCGGAUAAUAGCAUCUGCAAGAUUUCGGAAGCUUACACAAGAGCCGUGCAUUAUUUGUGUGAUUGCAAAUGGAGACCUCUUAAAUCCAGCAAUCCGGCUGCUAAUUCCAAAGAGAAUACUGGGCCAAUGGGAACAGGUCCUUGCCAGUAUCACAGAGAAAGUGAACCUUAGAACCGGAGCUGUAAGAAAGCUUCACACAUUGGAUGGAAGGUCCAUCAACGAUGGCUCGGAACUUGAAAAUGGAGGAUACUAUGUUGCUGUGGGAAGAGAUAAAUUUAAGAAAUUGCCCUACAAUGAACUUAUUUUCAGUAAAUCAUGUCCAAGAAGAACCAGUAGAUCAAAGGCUGCAUCACUUCCUCCAAUUCCAGGCUCUAAGAAGAAUAAAGAAAAUGGAGAUCGGCAAAUCCGUUCCACAGGGACCGAAAGUGAAGUAUAUCCACUGACCCUGUCAGAAUCCCCAAAGAGGAAAGGAAAGAAGGAACAAGUUUUAGCCAAGGAAGAAUCGGUGUUCCAUGCAAAACCCAUCAAAGUGAAGCCUGACAAGAAUGGCAGUGGAAGCCCAAAGCUCAGUCCUGAAAAUGAAAGCUGCGUGUUUAAAGCUUAUGAAGAAAGGAGAGAGACCAUGGGUGCAAUGGAAGUUCAAGAAGAUAACCAAACACAAGUGGAACUGCCUAUUGACCAGAGGCCUGCAGAGAUUGUAGAAGAGGAGGAGAACUUACAAGAGCAAUUUAAAGAAGGCAGUUAUGAUGAGGGAGAUGGUGAGUUCCAGAAUGUGGAAGAAGAAAUUUGUAAUGAUGUGUUUUACAAAGAAGAGACCCCUAUGCCUAGCCAAAUAGAAGAAUAUCCUAAUUUGAUUGUGAAUCCACCUGAAGAAGAAAAGAAUGGCAUUGCAAGUGAAUCCAUCCCUCAAGUGGAAGAAGAAAUUGCCAACAUUGUAGAACAAGAGGUGGAAGAUGCUAUUCAACCAGAAGAGAAUUCUAAAGAUAAAUAUUUUCAUCCGGAUGAUCUUCCUCAGAAAGAGGAGACCAUAGAGGAAAGUGAAGCUGAACCUCAGGUGGAAGAAGAAAUUGAUGACCUUGCAGGGCAAGAGGAGGAAGAUGCUGAUCAGCUGGAAGAGGGUCCUAAAGAUAAAUAUUUUCCUCCACAGGACCUUUCCCGUGAAGAAGAGAAAAUAAUUGAUGAAAGUGAAGCCGAGCUUCAGGUGGAAGAAGAAGUUGUUGACCUUGCAGAACAAGAGGAGGAAAUUGCUAAUCAGUCAGAAGAGAAACCUCAAGAUAAAUUUCUUCCAAAUGAGGAGCAGGCCGUAGAGGAAAGUGAAGCUGAGCUUCAAGUGGAAGAAGAAGUUACUGAUCUUGUAGAGCGAGAGGAGGAAGAUGUUGAUCAAACAGAAGAGGGUCCUAAAAAUGAUUAUUUUCCUCCAGAAGACCUUCCUAAUGAAGAAAAGAUAAUUGAUGAAAGUGAAGCUGAACCUCAGGUGGAAGAAGAAAUUGCUGACCUCGCAGAAGAGGAAGGUGCAGAUCAGGCAGAGGAGAAUUGUGAAGAUGAAUUCCAGGAAAAAGAUUUGGAUCAGGAAUUGGAAGAGAGUUCUGCAGAACAAGAGGCUCCACUAAAAGAGAGAGAGAGUGAAAUAGUAUCUGCAUUAGAACUCAACAAGGAUGAUAAUAUUCUAGAAGAAAUAUUAGCAAGUCCUGCAGAAAGCAUGCCCAAUCCCCUGGAAACAGAUGGAAAAGAAAUCAUUCAGUCAGCCACAGGACAUGCUGUCUUGGCUCUGUGAACCUACAGCCCAUUACAAGUUGGCAAACAUAACACAAUACCUUACGUUUCAUUUUGUUUCUACCUUUUAUGUCAUUAUUAUGAUGUCUCCCCUGGCUGGAACUGUGAAUUGAUAUGGACAAAAUUGUUUCAAUGUGUUGCUGCUGUUCUGUGUUUGGCAAGUUUAUAAUUAUGUACAAAACAUUUUAAAGGGCAGGGAAUUUUAUGACCAGGGGACACAAAUAUAAUUUUGUAUUAAUUGUAGAGAACUAUAUUUGGCCUUAUGUUUAUGGUUCCAUUAUAAACUCUAAUGUCCAUGUUUCCUUUGAAAACUACCUAUUCCGAUUGCUCAUACUGUAGUUGUACCCUCCUUGCCAAUGGGGGCACUGCUGUGCCUCUCCUGGUUGGAGGACUAGUUACCACACGAUUGGUUUAUAUUGGCAGUUCCUAUUAAAAAUGAAAUAGUAAUAACAAAAGUUAGCAGGAAGAAUAGCCUAUUUUCAAGUAUAUUUUAGAGGCUCGUGCAAGAUUUAACAUAAAGUCUAUUACUAAGCAGGAGGAGCAAAUUAAAGUGAACGAAUAUUCCAGCUCAUACAUUCCAACCAAGCUAAAUCUCUGGGAGGUUUGUACUUAGCUUCCUGAACAGCUAGAGCAACAAUAUAUGUACAGAUAUCACCAGGAUUGGUAAGUGAUUUCUAUUUGACUUAUAUAUACAAAAUAAGUCAACAAGUAUGAAUUUUUGUUUUGUCGUACAUUUUCUAAUUUAUUAUGACUUAUAGAAUCCACAUUUAAAGCCUGCUGCCCAGUGUGAUGUUAGUUAGGUUGUUUAGUUCAAUCAGCUACAGGUGAUAUGCCAUGGCCACAUGCCACACACAUGCAGAUGAGAUGAAAAGUACCAAACACUGUGGCAAAAGUUAUAGAUCAACCAUUUUGAUUGCCCUGUUUAAAAAAUGAAGCUUCACCACUUAUGAGUGUGCUUGUGAGAUCGUGAGCUGACAAUGCCAAUGGAAUAAUUAGCUAAUGAUUUUUAACAAUUUCAUACUGAUUGUAGAGUUGGCAUUUCAAUGCAAGUGCUGAUGAUGUUGCUACAUAUAAUCCUCAGCAUGGGUGAACUUGCAUUCUGUGGGGUUCCACCUGCAAGGCUGAUAGAAAGGAAAUCACAAUGUUAAAAUAUUCCAAUGCCCAGCAUGGGUUUCUAAAAAUCGGUCUUAAUAUCUAGGGCAUAAAAGUAAAUGAUUAAUGGAAUAAAUUAUUUGCUCAGAUAAACUUCCAACUGGAUAAGGUGAAUAUGAUUAAGUCAUGUUUUUACAUUCACUUAUGGGUUGUGGCCAUUGCAGGCAUUUACGUCUCUUAGUGCUUGUAUUCAAUUUCUCAUGAGAAGGUGAGGAGUCACCUUUCUGAGCUACCGCUUGUGACUGCUACAGCAUAUUGAUACAGCUGAGUGGCUUGCUUGGUUAGUUCAGGGGGCAUUGUGGUGAGACACAGCAGUAAAAUACAAGCCAGACCAGGCAAGAGUGGCAGAUUUCCAUCUCCAAAGGACCUAAGUGAAGCUGCAGGUGUUUUAUUAUGACAUUCCAGAAGCUUUAUAGUUACCAGCACUGAAUACAUGCAUUUUUAAAAUUAACUGGAUUACCCAUAUGACUGCUGUACCUUACAUUCCAUGCUGUAUUCUAUGGCACUUAAAGAUAGGCAGACGGUGACAGGUACUUUUGAUGCCAUUGCUAAAUAUGUUGAAGUAAUUAGUAGUCUCACAGCAAACCACGAUAUAAAAUGAUUCUUAGAUCCUUGCAGCCUUCUUUCUUCCUUCCGUAUGACAAUUUGCUUAGAUCCCAGAACCAUUCUAGCCACUUAAGCAAUUUGGCGUAAUUAGAAUUGAUAGAAGUGGAGGGACAGGGAGGCUGAAAUAUAUAGAAAGUUAUAACAGGGCAGAAUCACUCAGCUGCUCUUUAGUUCACUGUGCAGUGAAGUUAGUUUUAGGAGGCAGCGCCGGGGAACGACAAUUAGGCAUAGUAAGUGUCAGAGUCAUCACUUUCUGAGGCUCUGUGCCAAUUGUGGGUUUUCAUUCAAAGUCAAUGAACUUGUGUCCAUUAAUACCUAGUUAAGUAUGUGGGAGAUGGGGAGAAUUUAUUUUACACUGCAUGUUUUGUGAACUAGGAUGCACUAUUUAAAAAAAAAACUGAUGAAGAGAAAGGCAGCAGAUUUUAAGAUAUCUAAGCAAAAUCACUGAGCCAAAGGAAAAAGUCAAUGAUGGAACCUGCAAAAAAUCUAUGAAAGUGAGUGACCCAAGGAAAUAGUCAGGUAAAUUGGGAUAAUAAAGAGAAAAGAUAGUUCAGGAAAACUGUAUGAGCAGAUCUGAAGUGAAAGCAAAAUAUUGCAGAAGUCCAAAAGGGUGAAGUCUGCCUUGGGUAAUUUGGAAUUGGCUGCCAAUUUUACAUUCUGGUAAGCAUUGCUUUCAAUUAAUUUUAAGACCACAGUUCUCAAACACCAGUAGAAUAACCAUCUAAAUGCUGGGAAGGUCUGCAUCCACUACCCUCUUCCACCCCACUCCCCCUAAAAUUAAAAUCUUGAGGACAAGUUCUGUUUUCAAAAUAUCUCAAUAUAAAAUAACAUUGUGAAUUUAUUCCUCAUUUCACUUUGUGUGACAAUGUCAACCCAAUAAAAUACCUAAUUAAUCCCAAGAUUGGAACUAUUCCCUUACCCAGGUAUAAUCGUGAUUUUUAAAUGGCACUGCCCUCGUAGUUUCACAUUAUGGGAAUUUUGUAGUGUAUGUACUGGAAGCUGGAUUAAGACCGCAAUGGAUCACGUCCUCAAUUAGUCUGGGUUCAGAUCCAGAUCACAGAGGGAUUACAUUCUUAAGUGUUGUGUACACAGCCAAACACACCCAAAGGAACUUUAGAAUGUAUUUGAGACACUCCACACUUACACUUUAUCAAGCAUUGCAUGUGCAGUCAUUGCCAGCCAAUGAUGGAAUUUGCAUCUUAAACCACUAUUGUAUUUAUUUCAGUUCUCCAAUCACCAUGGUGUAUUACCCAUCAUGACAGAGGGUGAGGUUCCCAAUUGAUAAAAAUGUAAAAUGUUGCUUGACAGAUUACAACCUAACUUAUUAUCCUUUAGAUUCCUGCUGUUUUCUCAUGUUUCUGUCAGUAGGUGUAAUGGAUCAUUGGCCCGAGUAAUUAACACACUAUCAUUGAUGCCAUAUCUUGUAGUGUUUUCUUUGUAGCUAGUUAAUGUUUUAACUGCAGUCACUGUUAAAACUGCAGAACUCACGAUAGUUUGCUUAAUGUGAGGGAAAACUGUUCCUAAGCUUUUGCACAUAUCGUGGAUGUUAAUGUAUAUAUAUAUAAAUGGCGUGUUCAUUAUUACCUUUCAGACUGUGUAAAUAAAGCAUCCUUUAUUGAUACUGGUGUUUCCUAGAAGUUAGUAUCAGUAUAAAAUGCAUACUUUCAUAUUGACACAUAAAUGCAAUCAAUAUUUC